UACCGGUUACGUUUUACUGCAUCAGCCAUAAUGUUGUAGCUGGAUUUCAUUACUGUUGUGUAGCUGUCACUUUCUCACUGGUUUGUCUUGUGAUCGUCAUCUUGCUGGUCAUGGAAAAUGCAGUGAGAAACAACGAAAUUGUUGGGAGAUGUUUGGACAUGUGUCCAGAGAGAGAAAGGAAAACGCGGGAGUUGCAGGAGAGACUUCAUCCAUUGGAGGUUGCACCUGGCGUCAAUCCAAAAAGCGCAAAUGCCAGUCACAUGACCAUGAUCAAAGAGUACUCCAGACCAGCCGCAGGGAAAGCUGAUGCCGUUGCCUCUGACCUUCGACCGCCAGAAGUGUUACUGGAGACCAUGCACUACAUGAUAACAAAGCUAUUACAAAGAAGUGACCAGUCUUUUGUGACGCAGUAUGACUUCAUAUUUGACCGAACGCGCAGCAUCAGACAAGACCUGGUGAUUCAACGAGCCAGCGGAGUAGAGUGCAUGCAGAUCCUUGAGCUCGCAAUAAGAUUCCAUUUGUACUCGGGAUACAGGUUAUGCACAGAACACGUGUCUCGAUUUGACGGAAAAAUCAACAAUGACCACACCCAAGAGUGUCUUAAGAGACUCCUGGUCAUGUACCAAGAUGCUGAGACGGACGGUAGCACCACAAGUCCCAACCGAGAAGAGUUUGAGGCACUUUAUCUCAUCUUUAAUCUUGGAUCACCAGAAGCUUUAAGACAUGCGCUUUCUCUACCUGUCGGAGUCAGGCAGUGCCCCAGCGUCCGGCUUGCCCUCCGUAUCCACAGUGCACACCUUCAAGGUAACUUCAUACGAGUCUGGAGACUAGGCUCCCAAUGUGAUUACAUACAAAGCUGCGCCCUUCAUCGUCAUCUCAGGCUGGCUAGAUGGCAAGCUCUUCAAAUCCUGAACACGGCCUACAGCAGUAAGAAUCUGCGCUUUCCAGUGAGAGUCUUGUCCAAAUGGUUGGUGUUUGACUCUGAUAAUGACACCAUAGAGUACCUCGAAUUAUGUGGGCUCGAAGUCAAUGACAGAGGCGUGGCCUUCCACAAGAGUACUCCUGUUGCAGCAGAAGCUAUAGUAAGUGGCAACUUGACGGGUGCACUGUUGGGUUUGGAGAAGAGUAAAGUCGUUCCAAUCCUCAAGUUUAAAAGAAAAUUUAUCCUAAGUGAAUGGUACAUCACUUUUGUUUUUGUUCAACUCUGCACGGUUAGGCAUGGUGGCAUGCCACCUCAUUGGAAGUGCAGUAAACUGGUCGACUCCAAGCAGGGCAGUUUCCUAAGCCAUGACCUCAUCAUGGGAUGUGAACAACCAGGUCGAAGGUCAGAGGGUAAAUACCCAUCCCCAAACUACCCUGAAAGGUGACAUAAAUACAAAAACCAUAUGCCAUGUCACCUGUGACAUUUUCUUGAUUUGUGCAAUUCAUAAUCAUCUAGGUGUUAACCAUCGUACAAAGAAACAUGGGCUUACGUUUUCACAUUAUUUUUUAGACCAACAAGAAUACACUCAGUAAGACACUCGCUUCGUAGCUUCCACAUCUUUAUCAAGUGAUACACACAGAUGCAUGGUGGUUAGUCUUACAGCUCACAAAUUUAUAACGUUACAAAUUAAUUUAUAAGUACACUAUUUAUAUAAUACAUAAAUCGAGUUGGGGUGGUUUCUUGCCCAAAGGAAUGGUGCUGUCGGUUGGACACAGGUGUUUUUUCCCAUGGCUAUGGCUAUGGCUAUUGCUACAGCUGCUGAUUCAUCCAAUAUGAAAUCUUGUGUAAAAUUCACUUAUUUUCAAGAUGGCUGAUGGAGCCAGAGCUGUAGCCAAGUCUCCGUGUACACAGCCCAACUUUAUAAAGCUGUUAAGCAGAAAAUAGUGCUUAGCAAAUUUCUUUGCUAGACAAAACGAAAAUUAUUUAAGAACCAUUGACACCAAUGUUAACUCUAUGUGAAAUUUCGGCAGGUAAUCUGUUUCGGCUAAGCAAGAUUUAUUUGCGCUUAGCAAGUUUGUGUGGAUACAGGGUUUAUGACAAUCAGUCACUAUACCCCAAGUCUGUCCCCAUAUUGUAAAACUUGUACCACUACUUAUGACGAACCCAUGAAAUGUCAUCCUUCAAAAGUGUUUACUGUACUUUACUUUAAUAUAAAACACUGCCUGCAUAUGUCAGUAGAAGUGUAUGGUUGUAAAUAUGCAAUAGCCGAAUGACUUGGGCUCAAAGAAAUAUUUUUAAAUUGUCAUCAAAUGUAUAUUAUGAUUUUGUUUUCCCCGCCAAAUUUGUAAUUGUGUUACAAGUGUUUUUUUUAAUACAUAACAAGCACAAACCUGGGCAAGUUCUAGUCAAGCAAAACAAAAGUUUGCUUUGUUUCUUCCCGUAAAAGUAAUACUGUUUGUAAACUUCUAACAGCAGCAACAUACAAGCAGAUAGUUAAAGAAUUAUUUAAAAUAUAAGUGUAAAAUCAAGAGCUACAAAUGCUACAGUGAUACGAGUCCUCUACUUAACUUUAUACAAAGGGAAAACACAAUUUGAUUAAUAACAAUAAGGUUUUCAUACAAUACUUUUUAAAUCUAUUCUUUUUGAAAAAAAGGAAUUACAUUUAUUUUUUAUUUUUUUCAGAAUUAAAAAAGUAAUUCUUAAAAAUUAAUCUUUCCCCUAUUUAAAACAUGUUUCAACCCGUAUUAUUACUAAACGAUGUAGUAAAGGUCCUUAAAUGUUUACACAAGUUUUUUUUACAAGCACAAAAUAUUACUAAAUAUUUUGAGUAACCUACAUUGUUGUAUUUUUAAAUUUAAA